AGUGAAGCUGACAAGUUGAAAAUGUCAGCCGAAGCCAAUGCACACGAGGUAAAGGACCUAACACUUGGUAAUCGUUUAGAAGAACCAAAUGUCGUCUCUGGAGCCUCCAGCGCGAUUAGCGGCCAAGAGGGAAGGAGAGGAGAUUAUACCAAAAGCAAAAGCGAAAGCGACCAAUUGUCCGCCAUGUUGGAAAAACUUCAAAAACAAGCAGACGGCAUGAGCUCUCCCGGUAUGUGCAGCAGUGGUCGAACCUCCAGACAAGAGAGUUCCCUUCGCGACCGCUCGUUAUUGGCUGGCUCGGCGAAGAUCAUAAGGAGGUACAACCGGAGCGAUGAAGAGCUCCUGUCUGAGUUUCUCUCACGAAAAUCUCUCGACGAUGUGGACAGGAACGAUCUCACACCUCUUAUUUUCGCUGCUUUACAAGGAAAGUUAAAAAUGGUGGAGACUUUGCUGGAGAAAGGUGCUGACAUGAACGCAAAGAAUGGAUCGGGUACCACAGCGCUUAUAGCAGCAGCCGCCUCUGAGAACGUUGAGGUGAUGAAAGUUCUGCUGAACAACAAGGCGAAAGUGAAUGCAAUUGACGGUAGAGGGAACAGCGCACUAAUGAUUGGAAUACUUACGGGGAACGAAGCGGUUGUUGGGUUACUGUUGGAUCAUGAAGCAGAUCCUCACAUCGUGAACGUCAGUGGGCAGACAACCCUGAUGCUCGCCGCCUACAAGGGUUCGAAUACUAUCGUGGAACUUCUCAUCCAGAAAGGAGUUCGAGUCAACACGAAGGACAACAAAGGCUGGACGCCGCUCAUGUUCUGUGCGCAGUACAAUGAGUUCGAAACCGUGGCCAUUCUGUUGCGAAACAAAGCGGAAGUAAACGCCACCGAUUUAUCCGGGGCGACGGCGCUCCACAUCAGCGCAGGAAACGGACAGCUGGAGACAGUAGAGCUGUUGCUGGCUUCUGGGGCUCUCAUUGACUUUAUAGACAAAAAAGGAAGCAGCGCUCUGAUGCAGGCGUGCGCCGGGGGACACACAGAGUGCGUGAGUAAACUGAUAACCGCCGGUGCCUCUGUGAACAUUCAGGACGGCACGGGCUCCACAGCGUUACAUCUGGCCGCUUCUGAAGGGUACAAGGAUGUGGUGGAUGUUCUGAUCAACGCUAAAGCCGAUCUCAACGCCCUCGAUGACGAUGGGGAUACAGCCAUGACCUGUGCGUGCAUGAACAGCCACUCCGCCGUGGUGGAAGCGCUGCUGGCUGCAGGGGCGGACGAUCUGUUGAUAAACUUCAAGCGUGACACAGCCCUGUCCAUUGCUGUAGUCAGGAACCUCGAGGCUGUAGUAAAGCAGUUACUGUCUCGUAAAGGGCAUGGCGAUCCUUACCCUUUAAUUAACUUUAAAGGAGAAAGAGGUUCCACUGUUUUGGAGCACGCUGCUUUGUACGGUAACACUGAGGUUGUGAAGUCUCUUCUCCAGGCUGGUGCUAGUGUAAACAUUCCCCGAAGUAUCGGCAACACGCCGCUUAUGAAAGGUGUCGGCGGCGGUAUGCUCAGCGUUGUUGAGAUUCUUCUCCAAAACGGCGCUAAUGUCAACACCCCCGACGACCGAGGGAACACUGCCGUGAUGAAAGCUUGUCUGUUUGGCUUUGCAUCCAUCACACGGUCCCUUCUGGCAGCCGGGGCGUCCGUGCAAUCCUCAAACGACCACGGCCGGACGCCCUUGCUCUUCGCAGCCUGCGGAGGUUACGAAGAUCUCGUGGAACUACUCCAACAAAAAGGGGCAGCUCUUGACGUCACAGAUAGGGACGGCUGGAAUGCGCUGCUCGUCGCCUCGCAAAACGGUCACCAAGAAGUCGUCAACUUCCUACUGAAACAAAAAGUUGCUGUUGAUAAUCUAAUGAACUACGGUCGCACUGCCUUGGCGUUCGCCUCCGAGAGUGGUCACGAAAAUAUCGUUUCCAGUUUGAUCGAGAGCGGCGCGGGGAUCGAUAAAGCGGAUGUUUAUGGGAACACCCCACUGACCCUCGCUGCCUUCAGAGGUCACUUUCGGGUAGUUCAUCUUCUCCUCCAACACGGGGUGGACGCAAACAAGGCCAACAGUGACGGACAGACGGCCUUGUGUAUCAGCGCGCAUGAAAACCACCGGCAGAUCGUAGACAUGCUGUUGAGCUCAGGGGCCGACGUGGAUAAGGCUGACCGGAAAGGCUACACCCCUCUGAUGGCUGCCGUGGUCAACUAUCACGUGAUGAUGGUAGAGCUGUUGGUGGACGCUGGUGCUGAUCUGGACCUGAAGGACAGGAAAGGGCGUACGGCCAUCAUGAUGGCGGCGAAUAAAGGUCAGGCUGACGUGGUACAGCUGUUAGCAGACAAGGGAGCUAAUGUCAACGCUACCUGUGCCGAGGGCUGGUCACCUUUGAUGUAUUGCAGUCAGCACGGGUUCACCGAGACGAUGAAGACGCUGCUGGAUGUCAAGGUCAGCAUCGACGACACUGACAACGAAGGGAACUCUGCCCUGUCUAUCUGUGCCGCCAACGGCUUCAUGAAGGCUCUCCGGUUGCUCCUAGUGUAUGGGGCAAACGCCAAGGUGCAGAACAAGGCGGGGCGCACUCCGCUAAUCCUCACGUCUUACAACGGCUACACGGAGAUGGCCCAGUACUUGCUUACAAAAGGUCCGGAGCAGACGUGAAUAUGCCGGACAUAAAUGGAAACACUCCACUUCUGCUGAGCGCUGCGGGCGGGAAAACUUCUGUCGUCGAUCGUUUGCUGGCCGGUGGGAGUGACGUCAACAAGCAGAACAGUCUCGGGGAGACGCCAUUGAUGGUCAGCGCUCGCAACGGGUUCCGGACUGUCGUCAAGACGUUAUUGGAUAAAGGCAAUGAGGUGGAGAGUUCUGAGAAUCAGUCCCCCUCCUGGAAAGAGUCCAGGCCGAUGACAGCAGGAAGACUUCGAUCUGGGGCAGCCAGUGGCUCUCGUAGACGGCCCAGCCGAAUGUCAAGCAUCGACUCGGACGGCUCGGUAGAGGGAACACUGGUGACCAUACGGAACACUCCAAGCAUCAACAUCUUGUCCGAGGACAGCCUCGGGUUUCAGAUACACUUUGGCAUUACGGACAUUAUGGACGAAGUCGACAUAGAGACUGGGAUGCUGGGUCUGAACAGAGGCGGUGGUGUUCAUUUGUUGGGUCCGACUAACAGGUCUUUUGAGACGGUCAAUGACGACAGUGACGAUGACGACAUCGAUGAUGAUGAGGGGGACUCGGAGAUUGACGACGACGACGAUUGUGUGGACGGUCACUUCUAUGGCGAUGAGGCAGCUGAGGACGAGGAAGAUGAAAACGAAGAGAAUAAGUAGUCACAGGGAACAGUUAAAACUGAAGAUUUAUCUUCAAAAUGAAGGCUUUUCUUUGAAGCUGGAUUAGAAAUCCUGAACGAAAAAAAGUUGUGAAAAGGGCAAAGUAUACAAUAUUAUGUUUGCAGCUAGCCUCUAGCCCUCCCUUCCCUCUCUCUCUAUCUCUAUCUCUCU